AUGCCUUUUACGUUUUCUUUCUUUCAUUCAAAUUCUAUUGUUUUCUGUAUUUUUCUAGUUCUUUUUUAUGUUUUUCUUAAGCUAUUCUAUCUAUCUAUCUAUCUAUCUAUCUAUCUAUCUAUCUAUCUAUGUUCAUUAUCUAUCUAUCUAUCUAUCUAUCUAUCUAUCUAUCUAUCUUUUUUCAUUUGCAUGUCCUUUUUUUCCUAUUAUCUGGGAGUUAUUUUUUCUCACACAGUUUCUUUCAUUUUCUAUUUUUCUUGUUUUAUAACAUUUUUCUUCGCUUUUCUUAGUUUUCUUUUGAAUCUUCUUUCGUUCUUUACUAUUCUAAUUCUUUCAUGUACUUUUUUCUAUUUUCUAGAAAUUAUUUUUUCUGCCACGAUUUCUUUCAUUUUUCUAUUUUCUGGAAAAUAUUUUUUCUCAUACGAUUUCUUUCAUUUUCUAUUUUCUUCUUUUCUAGCUUUUUACCUCGCAUUUCUUAGUUUUCUUCCUUUUUUUCUUUCUUUCUUUCUUUCCUUUUUUCUUUCUUUCUUUCUUUCUUUCUUUUACGGCCUUCAAUUUUGUCUACUUUUUUUCUUGCAUAUUUUCGUAUUUUUUUUUCUCUCCCUAUCCUUCUGCGUCUAUCAUCAGGUACAUUAA